GCUGGCAUCACUGCCAUUGUGACGUCACGGUAGAUAGGCUGACGACAUUGUCUCUAGACUUUGAUUAAAAAUGAUUUUAUGCAGUUGUCCUUAGUAUUUCUACGUCGUAUUGUGUUUUUCAAUAGUUAUAAACCCUAAAUUACAAAAGUGUUGUGACAAAUCUGCUCGGUGUGAUGGACCUUUUAUAAAUUUAGUGACGACGAGUGAUGAAGGCAAAAGAAAAUGGCUACCUUCGAACGCAUGUUGAUAGCCAGGAAACAUGUAAUUAUAGCUAAUAAAUACAACGUCGUCCGCAAAAUCGGAGGUGGAAGCUUCGGAGAUAUAUUUUUAGCAAUAAAUAUCAACGAUGGAGAGGAGGUAGCAGUGAAAGUAGAAUCUAUAAAGGCGCGACACCCCCAACUCCUCUAUGAGAGUAGAGUGUAUAAGAUGCUCCAAGGGGGCAUCGGGAUACCACACAUAAGAUGGUACGGCUACGAGAAAGACCACAACAUCCUCGUGAUGGACCUGCUGGGUCCGUCCCUCGAGGAUCUGUUCAACUUCUGCUCGCGCCAGUUCACCAUCAAGACUGUGCUUAUGCUAGCAGACCAAAUGCUUGGGCGCGUGGAGUUCAUCCACUGCAAGUGUUUCAUCCACCGCGACAUCAAGCCGGACAACUUCCUGAUGGGCAUCGGCCGCCACUGCAACAAGCUGUACAUGAUCGACUUCGGCCUCGCCAAGAAGUUCCGAGACCUGCGCUCUCGCGCGCACAUCUCCUACCGCGAGGACAAAAACCUUACCGGUACCGCGCGGUACGCGUCGAUCAACGCCCAUCUCGGCAUCGAGCAGUCGCGGCGGGACGACAUGGAGUCACUAGGCUACGUACUUAUGUAUUUCAAUAGGGGAUCGCUGCCGUGGCAAGGCCUGAAAGCGAUCACCAAGAAGCAGAAGUACGAGCGAAUUAGCGAGAAAAAGAUGUCCACGCCCGUUGAGGUGCUUUGCAAGGGAUUCCCGGCCGAGUUUGCGAUGUAUCUAAAUUACUGCCGCGGGCUGACCUUCGACGAGUCGCCCGACUACAUGUAUCUCAGACAGUUGUUCCGCAUCCUGUUCCGCACGAUGAACUACCAGUACGACUACACGUUCGACUGGACGAUCCUGCGCCAGCGCAAGCAGCACAUGGAGGCGGGCGCCGCGCCGCCCGACCGCCGCUCGCCCUCCGUGCAGCGCCGCGCGCAGCAGCAGCCGCCGCAGCCGCCGCCCAACAACGAGGUACGGAAUGCCAUCCCUACAGCCAGCCCUGCCGACCGCCGCUCGCCCUCCGUGCAGCGCCGCGCGCAGCAGCAGCCGCCGCAGCCGCCGCCCAACAACGAGGUACGGAAUGCCAUCCCUACAGCCAGCCCUGCCGACCGCCGCUCGCCCUCCGUGCAGCGCCGCGCGCAGCAGCAGCCGCCGCAGCCGCCGCCCAACAACGAGUGAAAGAGAUUACGACGUUCGACAGCCACGGGCGGUCCGGCGAAAAAGAGAACGCGAUAGCAUUCGUGUGCGUGUGUGACUGUGUGUUUGUGUGUGUGACCGUGCGACGCGCGUCGUGUCGAGCGUCAACAGCGUCCAGCGUCAAGCGUAACGUCGAGCGUCUAAUCUACCGGCUAACGUCGGCGAACUGGCUUUAUUAUAUUACAAGAGGCCUUUGUUCUAAACACUGUCUCUCCGCAUCGGGCGGAUUUGUUUUAUUUUACGAUUAUUAUAAACGUAUUUAACUUCGGUGACUAACUUUAGACGUGUAGACUAGCGGACAAAUCUAAUCCAAUAAUUAGGAAAUACAUAACGACGUUAUGAUUUUCAGUCGUGCAUUGGGUUUGAUCGCCAGCGGGUAUGAUGUAAUAUAGCUCCGAAAUGUUCGGUUUGUAUUAAGAAUUUAAGAUCCAUGAAUCAUUGGAAUGCAUUUUUCGAAAGAAUAAAAAUAUGUAAGAUGUAAAGUAACAUGUAACGCCGGGCAGGCGUCGGGUAGACAGUUAAUCGCUCUCAAUAUUUAGUUAGUUUCGAUGUUAGUUUCUUUUUCUAAUUAGCUAGUGUUUACAUUGAAUUUAUUGUAUAAUUAUUGACUGGUGAUGUAUUUCAGCAAUACUCUGUACAUAUACACGAUGGCUGAGAUAUGGCGACAGAAGACGAUAUUGGCUAAAAAUGUUCAUUAAAAAUUUAAUGAUUACUAAUUAUAAAUAGGAUUCUGUAUUGAAAUAAAAAAAUGUAAAAGAUUCGAAAAAAAAUAUACUUAGAAUAAGUAACUGAUCGAAUUCUUGAAGCUACGCGCGUGGUGUACCCGUUCGGCGAACCUCCAAAUUGUAAAUAUGAAAUUACCGCGCGCGGAGCUCCGGGAAAAUAAUUGGUACAUUGCGUAUCGUAUAUUUUAAAGCGAGAUAAAAAAUGUAAAUAUAAGACAGUGUUCAUUUUAACUGUUAUUUUUUUAAGAACACGCUUGAGAAUAUAGUUUACCCAAUUAGCGUGAGUAGUUGACAAGUUGAUCGCUGUCAAUUUUGUGACGACAAUUAAGCAUGAAAUCUUUAUGGGAAUGAACUUUGUCUUUUUUUACAAUGUAAUAUUGACAUGAAUACCAACACCAAAUUUUUAUUGAAAUUUAAUGCUUAAUUAAGCAUUAAAUCGUCACAAAACUGACAGUGGUUAACUUUUCUUAACGACUCACGCUAAUCGGGUACAUUAUUUUCUGAAAACUCCCUUAGAAUUGACGAUGUUUCGUGACACUGACGCGACCGCCGGAGAUGAUAUUUUUAUAUGAACCAAUAGCACUCGACCCGCAGCCAUGCUUCCAUAGUAACCUAACCUGUGUCACGAGACGUCGAGUAUCGUAAGUUACAGUAAGAGGAUGUAUGUAAUAUAAGAGAUCUUGAGUGGUUAUGAGUAGGGGGGUCUACUGGGGACGGGGAGGGCCUCGCCUAUAUUUGACUUUGGAAUUUGUGACUACGCCUCGUGAUAAAAUGGAUCUCAAUAUUCCUUUUUAUAUUAACUUGCGAUUAAGGUGAUACCGUGAUCGUCAAUAGUUUAACGGCCUCGGCGCUUCCCGUCCCCAGUGGACUGAGUUUACUCAGUGUACUGCACUUUUAACUAUAAAUAAAAUUAAUGAAUAAAAAAAUAAACGAGUAAUUUAAUUUGUA